CAACUCCUCCGAGUCCUACGUUGAAGGUGUGGUCAUCGUCAUGUCUGCUGACGCCCCCGCAUCGCUGUAUCUUGACCCUCAGAUACGUGAUUGGGUUCUUUUCCCAAUCACACUAGUUAUGAUCCUUGUCGGCGUGCUACGGCAUUAUGUAGUUGUCCUUCUUCAGCCGCCACCAAAGAAACUUUCAAGGGCGGGCGUCCGUGAACAGCGUGCACUAGCCCGUUCCCAAAUCCUGCGAGCCACAUCUUCCAAGUCUCUAAUUCCCCCAGCUUAUCACAAAGCCCUGUCUCAAUACCUUUCAGACGCGUUCAAGGAUGGCGUAUACCUCAAAGAUGGUCCACCAAACGGUGAUGCAGCGUCGUCCGCCGCGAACGCGCUGACAGAUCCAGCGGCUAUGGAUGGCAUGAUGGCAGGGAUGAAAACCCAAAUGGUCAUGAUGGUGCCACAGAUGAUCAUAAUGGGCUGGAUUAAUUUUUUCUUCCAAGGCUUCGUACUGAUCAAACUCCCAUUCCCAUUGACUUUUGGAUUCAAGUCGAUGCUUCAACGUGACAUUGAAGCCCCGGAUAUGGACGUCAAAUGGGUAUCGUCACUAUCAUGGUAUUUUCUCAAUCUCUUCGGGUUGAAUGGCUUCUACCGGCUUUUUCUUGGCGGUGACAAUUCCGCUGAUUCUUCCCGCGAUUUGACGAUGUCUCCAUUUGCUUCCGCGGGUACAACCCAAUUAAGCCAGCCACAAGACUUUGCCAAACUCUUCAAGGCCGAGCGUGACAAUCUAGAACUUUCGGAAGGACAAUAUACCUGGGUCGGCGAAGAUUUAGAUUUAAAGGUACUCCGAAAAUAUGGAAAGCUGCCUCCAAGAUUGGAUUAGAUAGUGUUACCUUGUGGUCAUCGGGGUGUCUGUCAAGACAAUAUUACUAAGUGCGAGAACAGUGAGAUACAGCUACACCACUG